AUGGAAGUGAAGACCACCAGAGAUGACGCGAAUGAAGACAAAUCACACCAUAAGACCAAUGCCAAGAAGAAGAAGACGAAAGACAAGAAACGGUUAAUGACUUUACUUCGGGGACCAAAACGUGACCAUAAAUUGUCUUAUUGUAUGACUGAAGAGGAAUCCAAUGACUUUAAACAAACGUUUACUCAUAUAAUGGAUGAAAACUCUUGCCUUAAAUUACAUCCGAAGACUCCAAAGGGCGGCACAACUGUUGAAACCAAGAGUCAAACGACAAGUGAUUUGAAACUGAAGAAUGAUAUGAUUUUUGGGAUCAAUUCAGUGAUUCGCUCGAUUGAGAAGAACUGUAUUAAUGGUGUGAUUCUUAACAAUCCAUUAGCGCUUCCAUUAGUCGAUAAUAUAAUGGAGUUGUGUUCAGACCAUCACAUCCCGUGCCUCACUGUCCACUCAUUAGACCAAUUGAAGACAUCAUUAAAUAUUUCUUCGUUGUCUGCCAUCGGUUUUAAGCCAAAUAUCGCUUCAAAUGAAUCCAUAUUUUAUAGAUUAUAUCAAUUCAUUAAUAAUCUUAUUCUUAAGAAUUGUUCUCCGAUUGAAUCAAAUGAAAGACAAGUGAAAACCGAAGACAAAGAGGGAAACGACAAAAGUUGUGAAGAAAGCAAUAAUUUAGAGCCAAAUAAAAGUGAAUUAACUUUCGAUAAAAAACUUUUGGAUAUUUUAUAUUCAAAGAAAAGUGACGACAAUUACCAGAAAAUAAUGGCAAAACAUUUGGACACUAAGAGUGUGUCAGACAAUACCUCAACAGUGGAUGAUAUCUCACUCCAAGAGUCGUUCCUUAGUUUUUCGGCUCCAAAAGAGUCAUAUUUUCCAGAAAUUAAUGCAUUCAACAAAACGUUUAAAAUUGAGAUCAUUUUAGAUGAGAAGCAAACCAAAGGAAGCGACGAUUCUUUCGCUAAAAGUCUCUUUGAUUCCAACGAUGAAAGCGAUAAAAAAGGAUCGAAACGAAAGUUAAGCCAAGAGAAGGCUUACGAUUCACUUGACUUUAAAAGUCCUCAAAUCGUUAGACUCGAGGCAUCGACUGAUAGAAGACAACAAAGAAAUAAAAGAAAACAAACGAAAAAAUUCAAAAAUAAAUAA